AAGUCCAAAAAGUUGAAAUUCCUCUCCCUACCCUCUUCAUUCCAACUCAAAGUAGUGGGUAGAGAGAGAGAGAGGCACAAAAAGAAGAAAAAAACUCAAAAACUAGGUGACCCCAAAGCCAAAGUUGAUGAUCUUGAUCCAAAAAUCCCCACUUCAAUUUCUUCUCCUCUCUCCAAUUAGAAAAUCAAAUCAAUGGCCAUCCAAAAGCCACACCCAAGAAAAUCAAUCAAUUCAAUUCUCUCUCAAAAGCUCUUCAUCUUCCUCCUCUCCACCUCCGCCGUCCUCCUCACCCUCUUCCACAUCCGAUCCCUCCACGCCGCCGCACCCUCCGCCGCCGAGCAGCUCCGGCGCUCCGUCACGUUUCUGCCCCUCAAGGACUUGCGUUACUCCCACAGAGCUCUCGAGGGGCACACGUGGUUCAUGAGCUCCAUGUACGACACCCACGAGGAGGGGGAGGUUCAGUUCCAGCAGUUCCCUUCGCCGGCCUCCGACGGUCGCCUCCUCUGCCUCGGCGGCCGCGACGCCCACGACGGCUCCUGGAACUACUACGCCGUCGCCUGGCCGGAAGCUCUGCCGGAAAACGCCACGUUUAGAAAAGGCUUGACCUUUGUUUCUUACAACCAUUACGAUUAUGGUAACAUCUGGCAUGGCUUGUCCGCUCUCAUGCCCUUCGUUGCUUGGCACCAGAUUCAAGGAAAUUGUGAGGCUCCGGAGAGAUGGAUCUUGUACCAUUGGGGGGAGGUGAGGGUGUGGAUGGCGACAUGGCUGAUGACGUUAAUGGAGGCCACCUUCGGCCGGCCACCAGAGAUCGAGGCCUUCCAUGGCGUCGGCGAGGGGCAGGCGGUGUGCUUCGAGAAGGCGGUGGUGAUGAGGCACAACGAGGGAGGAAUGUCCCGACAGCGGAGAAUGGAAACCUACGACUUGAUGAGAUGCAAGGCCAGGUUGUUCUGCAACGUCACCUCGCCUGAGCCAUCACCGGCGGUGGGGAUGACACUGCUCAUGAGAACAGGGGCGAGGUCGUUUAAGAACGAAACCGCGGUGGUCAAGAUAUUUGGAGAGGAAUGUGAUAAAGUCCCCGGUUGCCACCUUACUGUAACUCACUCGAAUAAUCUAACCUUUUGUGAUCAGGUGAGUUUGAUGGGGAAGACAGACAUAUUGGUAUCCCCACAUGGAGCACAGUUGACAAACCUGUUUCUAAUGGACAGAAACAGCAGUGUUAUGGAGUUUUUCCCCAAAGGAUGGCUCAAGCUUGCAGGCAUUGGCCAGUUCGUGUUCCGUUGGCUCGCAAGCUGGUCUGGAAUGACGCAUCAAGGUGAUUGGAGAGACCCUCAUGGCCCCGCCUGUCCCUAUCCCGAACACGACCGUCGUUGCAUGUCCGUUUAUAAAAGUGGCACCAUCGGAUACAAUAGAACACAGUUUUCUGAGUGGGCUAAGAAUGUUCUGAAUGAGGUGAAGAUGAGAAAGAUGGAAGAAGCAGCGGGCUCUGCAAAUCAUGUUCAUGAAUGUUUUUGUAACUAAAUAUUGUUGCCCAACCUUAAAUGCAAAUUUAUUUUACAUACACCAUYUAGUUUUUCCCUUUUAAAUAAACAUUGUAGAAAAAAUAUUGCAAUUCAUGCCUUUGUCAAAUGUAAUCACACCCGAGAUUUUAAAUGUCCAUAGUGAUCGAGGAAUAAGAAAGCUCUAAUAAAUACAUUUCUACUAA